AUGCCUGAAGACGCUAUCCCGUUGCAUACAAUGCGGACUAAUACUCAUGAUGACGACGACGACGGUAUCGAUGGACUUGAUAAUAUUGACGAUGACGUCCCUUUAAUUGGUGGCAGCACCAAUAAUGGUAUAGGUAGUGACGCCAGAUCUGGUGCCGAUGGUACUAAUAACCAUAAACGCUCAAUGACAGCCCGACUAUCGGGUAUGCUGACAUCCGCCAAACCGACAGUGAGAUCUGAACGAUGUGUUUCCAGCCUGACUGCUUCAUCUAAACCAUAUCCAUUCCCAUCAAACGCGGUAUCAAAUGCGAAAUAUUCGCCAGUUAUGUUUAUUCCCAUCAUUCUGUAUGAACAGUUCAAGUUCUUCUUCAAUCUAUAUUUCCUUUUGGUGGCUCUAUCCCAAAUUGUCCCGGCCCUGAGAAUUGGUUAUUUGUCGUCAUACAUUGUUCCAUUGGGGUUUGUAUUAACAGUAACCAUGGCCAAAGAGGCAUGGGAUGAUAUUCAAAGACGCCGUAGAGACAGUGAAUCUAAUUCGGAAUUAUACGAAGUGCUCACUGGAAAUCAGCCCUCAUUACAUCAAAGUCGUAGUUUGAAAGUUGGUGAUCUCAUUCGUAUUCAUAAAGACCAGCGUAUUCCUGCAGAUAUGAUUUUGUUGUCAUCUUCUGAAAAGUCGGGUGAGUCGUUUAUUCGUACAGAUCAGUUGGAUGGAGAAACAGAUUGGAAGUUGAGAAUUGCAUGCCCCCUGACUCAGAAGCUGGCUAUAGAGUCUGCAACUGGGGUUAAUAAUGGGUCGUCUGGUGUAGCCGAUGGUGAUGAAACUAUUAAUGCAUUUAAAAAAGUGGUUGUAAUUGCCGGACCCCCUGAAAAAUCCAUCCACUCUUUCCUUGGUACUCUUAAACUCGAGGGCCAAUCUAUUGGUUUAUCUGUUGACAAUACUCUAUGGGCAAAUACAGUUCUCGCAUCAGGUACUGCUAUUGGUAUCGUUAUAUAUACCGGACAUGAUACAAGACAGGAGAUGAAUACUUCAGUUGCUGGUAGCAAAGUCGGUCUGCUGGAAUUAGAAAUUAAUAACUUAUCGAAGAUCCUCUGUGUGUGCGUGUUUCUCUUGAGUAUAGGAUUAGUCGUGAUUCAUGGAUUCGGUCCUGACUGGUAUGUUGAUAUUAUGCGGUUUCUCAUUCUUUUUUCAACAAUCAUACCUGUCAGUUUAAGAGUCAACUUAGACAUGGGAAAGUCCGUUUAUGCCUAUCAAAUUGAACAUGACAAGGCAAUUCCAGAUACUAUCGUUCGAACCAGUACAAUUCCCGAAGAUUUGGGCCGCAUAGAGUAUUUAUUGACCGACAAGACUGGAACUUUAACUCAAAAUGAUAUGGAGAUGAAAAAAGUCCAUGUUGGUACAGUGUCUUAUGCGGGUGAUGCAAUGGACGAAGUAGUUGCUUUUGUACGUGAUGGUUUGUCUGGAGCUCCUGCAUCCGUAUCUGCGAAUACCGCUUCCUCCGUCCCACUUCGUAGCAGAAGAGAAAUAGGCAACCGGGUACGCGAUAUAGUUACUUGUCUAGCAAUUUGCCAUUCAGUCACUCCAUCUUUCGAGGACGGUAAUGGUGGUCAGAUCGAGUACCAAGCGGCAUCUCCUGAUGAGAUUGCCAUCGUCAAGUGGACUGCUGCCAUGGGUCUGUCCCUGUAUCGACGUGAUCGUACAUCCAUGACAUUGAUACAUGAAGCUACUCGCACACCUCAUGACUUUGAAAUCUUGCAUGUUUUCCCAUUCAAUUCUGACAAUAAGCGUAUGGGUAUUAUUGUACGUGACAAGUCUCAGCAGAAGAGUGGUGAGUUGUGGUUCUUCCAGAAAGGUGCAGACACUGUAAUGGCGAAAAUCGUACAGCACAACGACUGGUUGGAGGAAGAAACUGCAAACAUGGCUCGAGAAGGACUACGGACACUUGUAAUUGGUCGCAAAAAGCUUACGUCACAAUUAUAUGACAAGUUUGUGGAAAAGUACAAUGCUGCCUCGUUAUCUAUGUUCGAUCGUGACGUUGCCAUGGCUAAAGUGGUUGGUGAAUAUUUAGAGCAUGAUCUUGAGUUACUGGGACUUACGGGUGUUGAAGAUAGACUACAAAAGGACAUGAAGCCAUCAUUGGAGUUAUUACGAAAUGCCGGAAUCAAAAUCUGGAUGUUGACUGGCGAUAAAGUUGAAACUGCUCGCUGUGUUGCUGUCUCUGCAAAAUUGGUUUCACGGGGUCAAUUCAUCUACACAGUUACAAAGCUGGAUAAUCCAGAUGAGGCAUAUGAGCAUUUAGAAUUUUUGCGUGAGAAACCUGAUGCUUGUCUCCUGAUUGACGGUGAGUCGCUUUCAUUAUAUCUUCAAAAAUUCAAAAGCGAGUUUGUCGAGACAGCUGUCAGGUUGCCUGUCGUCAUUGCAUGUCGAUGUACUCCACAACAAAAAGCCGAUGUUGCCAUUCUUAUCAAAGAAGCUACUAAGAAAAGGGUUUGUUGUAUUGGAGAUGGCGGUAAUGAUGUGAGCAUGAUUCAAGCGGCUGACGUAGGUGUUGGUAUUGUAGGAAAAGAAGGAAAGCAAGCUUCUCUCGCGGCAGACUUUUCUAUCACCCAAUUCUGUCACUUGACAAAGCUCUUAGUUUGGCAUGGACGUAAUUCAUAUAAGCGAUCAGCUAAGCUAGCUCAAUUUGUCAUUCACAGAGGUCUUAUUAUCAGUAUUUGUCAGACUGUCUUUUCGAUCGCUUCGUCUUUUGAGCCAUUAGCAUUAUACCAAGGCUGGCUGAUGGUGGGCUAUGCUACGAUUUAUACCAUGGCGCCUGUAUUUUCUCUGGUACUGGAUAGGGAUGUGGAUGAAGACCUGGCUAAGUUAUAUCCUGAGUUAUAUAAGGAAUUGACUGCUGGCACUUCCUUGUCCUACCGGACUUUUUUCGUCUGGGUCCUCGUUUCCCUCUAUCAGGGAUGUGUUAUUCAAGGUAUGUCACAGCUAUUUGUUGGUAGCGAUAGCGAACAAUUCACUAAAAUGGUGGCUGUUAGUUUUUCUGCUUUGCUCUUUAAUGAACUGAUCAUGGUAGCAUUGGAAAUUAUAACCUGGAACAAAGUCAUGGUAUUUUCCGAAAUUAUAACAAUGUGUAUAUUUGUUGGAUCGGUACCGUUUUUGGGCGAUUAUUUCGAUCUCAACUACGUGACACAAGUUUCAUUUUACUGGAAAACUGCACUCAUUACUGCGACUGCAUUGAUUCCUCCAUGGAUUGGAAAGACACUGAGACGGAAGCUGAAACCACCAAAUUAUGCCAAAGUACAACAAGCUUAG